UCAGCUGUACUCUGUGUUUACUGCUGAUUGGUAAAUGUUAGCAUGCUAACACAGCAAACUAAGAUGGUAAACAUAUCUGCUAAACAUCUGAAUUGAAGCAUGGCCUCAGACUCUAAGUCUUGUUUCCAUGUUGUCUCCACAGUUUUGGUUCUUUGUGAAGUCCUUCGAGUGUCCAGAUGAACCUGAAUCCUCCUGUUUCCAUUAAGACUGAGAUCAUCCUGAUUUUCAGCAUGUGAACAGCUUCAUGCUCGGAUGCAGCAGUCCCGCAGUGGGAUCAGUCAUUCGUCUGUGUCACAGUGACUCCAUCUGUGGACUCAGCCCACUUUUCCCACUGACAGAAGCAACGUGUUGGUGCCAGUUAAUCAUUCCUGAUCGCUCCACACAGACUCAACCUGCAGCUUUUCAUCUAGAGGAGAACUCUCCAUGUUCUCAGACAUGUUCUUCAAGAUUGCCUUCUUAUUUCUCAUCCUGGUGUUUUGGGGUCCGGUUCAUGGCGGGCCCCAGACGAACCUCCACCCCAACAUAACAGACCAGGAGCUGUUCUGGGGCAGCGACCAGUACGACUUCUCGGUGGUGCUUCCUGCUGCAGGGCUGGAGUGUUUCUGGCACUUUGCUCAUCGCGGAGAAAGAUUCUACUUGCACUUCAUGGUCCAGUGGGUGACGGGAGUCGGCCAUGAUAGACACCUGUCCGUCACCGUCAACGCUCCCGGCGGUCUCAUAGUGUCGAAUGUUGAUGAUGCCAAGGGUCAGAUCAACUUUGAGGCAGAGGAAACAGGUUUCUACCAGAUGUGUUUGAGCAACUUCCACAACCGCUUCGGCACCAUGCAGGUCUUCCUCAGCUUCGGCGUUUACUACGACGGCUUCAAAGACCCCAGCAAGCACAAAGAGGAAGAGAAGAAGAAGAAAGAGGAAGUCAGCAAAGACCUGAACAACACACUGAGCGUCAUACAGUAUUUGUUGCAGGACGCGACUCACAAAGUGGAGAACUACGUCUUCCACAUGUUCCGCUACUACAGCUUCGGCCGCAUGAGGAAGAGUGCCGACUACUUCCUGCUCCUGUCCAACUCGCAGUACAUCACCUGGUGGUCGGUGGUGCUCAGUCUCCUCAUCAUCACCUCUGGGUACCUGCAGCUCCUCUUCCUCAAAAGACUCUUCAUCACCAAGACCUGCGCCGAGGAGGAGAAACCUCGCUGCUGACACACUGAAAUCAAAAUGUGUCUGCAUGUAGGAUCACUGCAUGUAUUCUUUCUGGUGUUGUGUCUGUGCAGCUGAGCGUCGUCACACAGCAUGAAUAAACUUCACUGUGAGAUGAUGA